GGGGGAAUCGGGCCCAGCAGGCGGUGGAGGAGCCGUGAGAACAGAAGGGCUGCGUACUCGUGAUGUGAUUAAACGUCUGCUCCAACACUAGGGUUUCCUGGAUCUGAGAGGAAAUUAGAGAGAGAAAGGAGAAACAGAGGAACAGGGAUAAAGCUGACGGUAGAAGGGGGGAACUGGACUCUUGAGAUGCUCGAGCUUCACAGAAGGAAACCUGCAAACUCAGAAGUUAACGUGAGAGGCCUGAAGUCUUGACAGCUCUCCAAACCGGUUUGGACUCUGUCAUCAUCCAUCUGGCUGAUGGCUGUUACAGCUGAGUGCUGAGGACCUGGAUAACCUUCAGUUUAACUGUGCAUAAAAGAACAUCCUGUCUGUUCUUGGGAAGUCACCUGGAAGUUGGUGGCAACUGAUAUUCUGUUCUCCAGAGAGUCUCCACGUUUGCACGACUGUUACUGACGGAUUAUAAAAUCACUUAAUGUCUCACUCGCUGCAGACACUGUCACUGUUCUGGUGAAUAAACGCCGGCAAAGACAAAGAGCUCGUUCUCAUCUGGAGCUAUGCCUUGCCCAUGCCUUCCCUCUGCACCAUAUCUCACUGCCCGCUCGGCCUUUUUCCUUGGACUGCUGCUCCUGGUUCACCGGGGGCCCUCAGACGUCAGUUGCCAGAAUGACACAGAGCCGAUCGUGUUGGAGGGAAAGUGUCUGGUGGUGUGCGACUCCUCCCCCUCCGCCGAGCCGUCAGGUAACGCUCUGGGCAUGUCGGUGAGGUCAGGGACUGGGCGGGUGGCGUUUUCAGCCAUCCGCAACACGAACCACGAGCCCUCAGAGAUGAGCAACCGCACCAUGACCAUCUACUUUGACCAGAUCUUGGUAAACGUUGGCAGCCAUUUUGACCCGGCGAGGAGUAUCUUUGUUGCCCCCAGAAAAGGCGUCUACAGUUUCAGUUUUCACGUGGUCAAAGUCUACAACCGGCAGACAAUACAAGUGAGUCUGGUUCUCAACGGCUGGCCGGUGAUCUCGGCCUUCGCUGGUGACCAGGAUGUGACGAGGGAAGCUGCCACCAACGCCGGGCUGGUGAUGAUGGAGAGAGGAGACAAGGCUUCCCUCAAGCUGGAGAGGGGGAACCUGAUGGGCGGGUGGAAGUACUCCACGUUCUCCGGCUUUCUGGUGUUCUCUUUGUAGGGAGGUCUUAGCUCAGGCUGCCCAUGAUUUGGGGGGAAGGGUUACUUUCUGAAAUAAAGGAGGAAGCAUCAGUAAGUGUUGUUUGAUGCAUCUUUAUCUGCAUCAGAUGGGUGAAUUCACGUUGCAGCAAAUAAUCCUGAAUGUAAUUUCCAUUUGUGUUGCACUCAUGUGGCUUACUGUGCUUUUUAUUGUGGUCUAAGUACUGUGGUGUGUCAACAACAGGUUCCGGCCUGUCGGAGGUUUGUGAUUUUCACUCAAUGCAUGAAAAAUGUGAUGUAGCAAACGUUUGUGGCAGUAAAGAAAAAUGAUUGUGUCUGUUCUCCUACUCUUAUAUUAUAUUAUCUGUAUAUAUGUACACAUGGGUGCACAGGAAACUAUCCCAGGACAACUUUGGCACUGAAGAGAACUCUCAGGCAUGUUCUCCUGUGGAAAGUCUCUCUAUGAUUUCAUGGACAGGAUUUUGAAAACCUUUGCUUUAGCUAAUUCUACUUCAGUCUGCAGCACACAGAUUUUCAACAUGUCUCGGUUGGUGGAGGAGUACGAUGAUAGUCAGCUUCGCCCAGAUCGGCAUCG